AUGCCCUUCUUCUACUCCAAGCCCAUCGGCGGCCGCAACUUCGGCACUAGCACCGCCACGGCGUUCACCGUGGCCCCUGGCGCUUCCGCAUCGGCCGUUUCCACUGCUUCAGAUAGGCGCGACGCCGUUCCCACGGCGUCAAGGUGUCGGUGCGAUGACGAGAGCAACAUCACCUACUCCGUGCGGGUGUCAAGGGCGCCUUCCUUCCUCACCUUGACGACACCUACCACAAAACCAGACUACGACAUUUUCAUUUUUAUUCAUUAA